CUGCUGCUGCUCCUGGCACAGUUGGUGGGCCGGGCAGCGGCCGCGUCCAAGGCCCCGGUGUGCCAGGAAAUCACGGUGCCCAUGUGCCGCGGCAUCGGCUACAACCUGACGCACAUGCCCAACCAGUUCAACCACGACACGCAGGAUGAGGCAGGCCUGGAGGUGCACCAGUUCUGGCCACUGGUAGAGAUCCACUGCUCGCCGGACCUGCGCUUCUUCCUGUGCUCCAUGUACACGCCCAUCUGCCUGCCAGACUACCACAAGCCGCUGCCGCCCUGCCGCUCAGUGUGCGAGCGCGCCAAGGCCGGCUGCUCGCCGCUCAUGCGCCAGUAUGGCUUUGCCUGGCCGGAGCGCAUGAGCUGCGACCGCCUCCCUGUGCUGGGCCGUGACGCUGAGGUCCUGUGCAUGGAUUACAAUCGCAGCGAGGCCACCACGGCACCCCCCAGGUCCUUGGCCCCCAAGCCCACAGUCCCAGGCCCGGCGGGGGCGCCCUCCUCCGGGGGCGAGUGCAGCGCUGGGGGGCCGGCCAUGUGCACGUGCCGCGAACCCUUCGUGCCCAUCCUGAAGGAGUCGCACCCGCUCUACAACAAGGUGCGGACAGGCCAGGUCCCCAACUGCGCAGUACCUUGCUACCAGCCGUCCUUCAGCCCGGACGAGCGCACGUUCGCCACCUUCUGGAUCGGCCUGUGGUCCGUACUGUGCUUUAUCUCCACCGCCACCACGGUGGCCACCUUCCUCAUUGACAUGGAGCGCUUCCGAUACCCCGAGCGCCCCAUCAUCUUCCUUUCUGCCUGCUACCUGUGCGUGUCGCUGGGAUUCUUGGUGCGCCUGGUUGUGGGCCAUGCCAGUGUUGCCUGCAGCCGUGAGCACAGCCACAUCCACUACGAGACCACGGGUCCCGCGCUGUGCACCGUCGUCUUCCUGCUCGUCUACUUCUUCGGCAUGGCCAGCUCCAUCUGGUGGGUCAUCCUGUCGCUCACCUGGUUCCUGGCCGCGGGAAUGAAGUGGGGCAACGAGGCCAUCGCAGGCUAUGCUCAGUACUUCCACCUGGCCGCGUGGCUCAUCCCCAGCAUCAAGUCCAUCACGGCACUGGCACUGAGCUCCGUGGAUGGAGACCCUGUGGCUGGCAUCUGCUAUGUGGGCAACCAGAACCUGAACUCACUGCGCGGCUUCGUCCUGGGCCCGCUGGUGCUCUACCUACUGGUGGGCACACUCUUCCUCCUGGCGGGCUUCGUGUCGCUCUUCCGCAUCCGCAGUGUCAUCAAGCAGGGUGGCACCAAGACAGACAAGCUGGAGAAGCUCAUGAUCCGCAUCGGCAUCUUCACGCUGCUCUACACAGUGCCCGCCAGCAUCGUGGUCAUCUGCUACCUGUACGAGCAGCACUACCGCGAGAGCUGGGAGGCGGCGCUCACCUGCUCUUGCCCCAGCCGCGACACCACUCAGCCGCGCGCCAAGCCCGAGUACUGGGUGCUCAUGCUCAAGUAUUUCAUGUGCCUCGUGGUGGGCAUCACGUCAGGCGUCUGGAUCUGGUCGGGCAAGACAGUGGAUUCGUGGCGCCGCUUCACCAGCCGCUUCUGCUGCGGUCUGCGGCGUGCACACAAGAGUGGCGGUGCGGUGGCUGUGGGGGACUACGAGGCGAGUGCUGCUCUCACAGGCAGGACCGGGCCACAGGGCCCCGCCGCUGCCUACCACAAGCAGGUGUCCCUGUCGCACGUAUAGGAGGCUAGGCCACCAGGCCGGGAGCCUUCCUGGAAACUGGGGGAGGGGCUGGCUAGGUAGCUUUUCGAAGGUCACUUCUGUUUACCUUCGUGGUGCUGAUGCGUCCCCCCCUCGGGGUAGCUUGGGGCCAUCUCCAAGGAGUUUGGGUCUGCUUCUCCGAGGGGCUCAGCUCACGCAUGUUGUUUUGCGAUUUUUACUGCAUUCUUUACAGGAAUCCUUUUUUUAAUUUAUAUGUAUUUUUCUUAAUUUUUAACUUUGUUGCAUUUUGGCAACACAAUUUACCUUUGCUUGCGGGGGACUUUACAUUCCUAAAGUUGGCUUUGUAAUGAGUUUCUUCUUGGUUCAAAUUUCUUUGAACUGUGUGGUCUAAAAUGGGAAAAUAUAUUUCCUGUGUCUUUUUUUUAAAAAAUGUGAACAGUGAAAAUUUGGGUUGCUGCGACUGGGAUGGUAUGGAGUGUCUUUUUCUUCCACUGUUUAGUGUCCAACGUGCUUUGAGGCCAGCUGCUUCUUCCUGUGUUUAUCCCCAGACCUCCCGAGGGGCGGAGCCUGAUGUGGUCAGAGCCUCCCCAAAGUGACGGGUGGGGAGCGCCAAAGGACUUCCCCUACAUCCUUAACUUGGCGUUCUUUUAGCAUGCCUUGUAAACAUUCUCAUUGAGAGCCAGGAUCCUGUGUUGAGUAAAGGUACAUUAUAGUGUCCAGCAUAAACAUUUGCAAUAGCGAGAGCCCAGAUUGUGAUUGGUUGAGCAUGAAUUCUAUACUGGUUAGAGGGUGAGCUUUGAGCUGGAGAGGGGGAGUGGAGUGGUUCUUAAUAAGCUUCAGUGAUCCUUUAUUAUUUCUAUUCUUUUAAAAAAACUUGUGUUACAAUUUUGGUGAAAGUAAACCCACUACCUUCUUAAAUUACUUAGGGAUCAUCACUAAAGGGUGCUCCCUUUUAAACUGAAGGACUAAAGCGGAUAUGCUUCCAGUAAUUAAAGUACAUUUCCAAUGCUUCUCUUAUCUGCUCCUGCCCCCCACACACACCUCCUUUAUCAUGUUAAACAGCCUUUUUGCUUUUCUUAUUCCGUCUCUCCCGGAGAGCCCUGAUUAGAAACCACACCCACCCCAGCGUUUAGACUGGGGAAGGGCGGCUGGCUACCUGUGAACAGAAUUGGCUGCUCUGAGAGAAAACAAGUGUGUGACCCUGGUCUCUGCCGGUCUGGAGCCAGAUGUCCCCAGAGCAGCAAGACUGCACUUUCUGCAAUCUGAAAACAAAUGAAACCCAUAACAUCUCUGUGUAAUAUCUCAGAUAUGAAUCGCUUAAUGUUGCUGUGAGAGGAAAGCUCUUUUCUCCCUUUCCUGUUACUCUUCCUCACCUGAGAAAGUCCAUGCAUGUAUUGAUGAGCACAAGCACACACAUGCCCGCGUAAACACACACAUACACACACACGCAUACGCACACACACAAUUUUGCUGUUAGAAAAUUGCUUUCCUCAUCUAACUUUCCUUCCUGCACGUAUAAAAGCUUAUACACUGAUGAAUAUACACACAUGCACACAGGUUUCUUUGCCAUUAGAAAGUUAUGUUUGCUUUCUUAAUCUAUUUAAAGGUUCACUGAUGAAGAGUGAGGCCAUAGCAGUGGGAGGGCAACAGUGCAUCUGCUGACAAACACCGGAGACCCGGCCUGGGUGGGGACUGACUUGAAGGAGCUAAAGUGGCCGGAGUCAUUGCUAGGAAAACAACUGGAAUCUUGGCACUUGAGCUUCAUUUGCACCGAAGUUGGAAAAGUAAAAUUUCAGCAUAGGUUAACAUUACUGUAUGGGUGUAGAGUAGAUAAAUGGGAAUUUAAAUACUUAGCUGAUGAGAAGCUUAGUACUCUAGUUUGAAGGCCUUUCAAAGACUGUCCACAUUUCUUAAAAAGCAGCUCAUCCUGUGA